AUGUCUGAAGCGUGCUGUACUUGUGCUGCGUUCCUCUCCUCUAUCCCACCUUCAUACGACGAGAAAACGGAGAAGCCGGCACAGUUCGAACGCAGACUGAACUGCUGUGGCCGCGCCAUCUGCGCUCGAUGCUUGACCGAUAAUCCGCGAUUCCAAAACUACUGUCCAUACUGUCAGAUAGCGACUGGACCGUCGGCUUUACCACCACAGGGUCUACGCGAGCCUCCGACGUAUUCGCCACCGGAUGAGCAACAAUUCGACGACGAAUUGCCGCCGUACCAAGCACAUAGAAGCCUCCAACCCCCUUCCGAGAAGUCAAAUGCAAACGAAGAGAAUACGCCGGAUGUUCUGCACUUUGUCGACCAAAACAACGAUUCGAUUUCGUCGCUCUCGCUUCGAUAUGGUGUACCCGCAGACGCCUUACGCCGAACGAACAACUUGUAUGCGGACCAUCUGCUUGCGGCUCGCAGGACUGUUCUCAUACCUGGAGAAUACUACAAAGGCGGUGUUAGUUUGAGUCCGCGGCCACUAGAGGGUGAGGAAGAGGAGAUCAAAAAGACAAAGUUGAGGAAGUUCAUGGUCAAAUGCAAGGUUUCCGAAUAUGAUGUUGCGCUUCUCUAUCUCGAACAGGCAGGCUAUAACCUUGAGCAGGCAAUUACUGCAUUCAAGGCGGACGAGGAUUGGGAGAAAGAGCAUUCCCUAGAGGCUGCGAAGAAGGGAAAGUCCAAAGAUUCACGAACCUCUGGACGUCGGAAGUGGGGCUUCGGGGGCCUUACAGGUCAGCUCUCGUAG